AUGGCGACCCCGUUCAAUCCGUUCGGCGUCCCCCGCGGAAAUGCACAAGCAAGCGCCACGAGCACACCAGGACGUGGCCGCGGAGCAUCCGCUGCUCGUGGGGCGUCAUUUCAACCCAGGGGCUCUAGGUCCAGGGCAUCCAAAUGGCGUGGCGCAGGACGGGGCCAAUCGAUGCCCCGUGGCCGAGGCCGCGGCGCUGGCGCUGCAACCACAGGCGUCUCUCACUCCACAGCAUCGAUGUCGCAAAUGCCGAACUCUGGCAACAGCAAUUCGCCAUUCGCCCAACUAGGCCAGCAGAACACCAUGGGAAGCCCGUUCAGCAAUCAGACAACGCAGCAGUCGCCUUUUUCUGCCAUCGCAAACGGAGAUCCCGGUCGAAAUGGUAAAUUUGCUCCACGAGGCGCGUUGAAACGAAACUUCCAGCGACAAUCGCCAACGAGCGGCACAAACACGGCAUCAAUGGCGUCUGUACCCGUAGAGGAUGCAUCGGCUGUGGCCUCACACCAUGAAAGAUACGAGCAGCUUAAACUUGAUCGAGCAAAACAGCGGCAGCAGGCAAUUAGAGAUGGACAGAUGGCGGAUCCGAAUCAGCCUACGUCUUUGAAUCAAGCCAUCACCCCGGUGGGCUCGUGUACCAGCAUGUGUCCUGAAUUCGAACGCGUUGAACGAAUUGUCCAAAAGAUGGUGGACAAGAGCGAAAAGUAUCUACACCCAUCAACCAACACUCUCCAGAACAUGGAGAUGAAGAUGCUUAAGCGUUUUCGACGAUCAGCAGCUGGCUACGACGAACAAUUGCCUUCAGAUAUUCGGACACCAAAAACACUCCUUCAAGCCACGAACUACCUGAUUCGGCAUGUCGUCGGUGGCAACGAGCCACUGGGCAUCAUCCACAAGUUUGUCUGGGAUCGAACCCGAUCCAUCCGAAAUGACUUCUCCGUCCAGCAAGUUACUCAAGAAGAGGACGUGGAAAUCGCAGUGACUUGCUUGGAACGGAUUGCGCGCUUCCACAUCGUGUCGCUUCACCUCCUCUCCAGCCCGGCAAAUGAGGAGCCUUUCGACCGCCACCAGGAGCGCGAGCAACUGAACAACACGAUGCUUUCGCUUAUGUACUACUACGAUGAUAACCGUGGACGCAUUGCAUUCUCGAAUGAGGAUGAAUUCCGCGCAUACUACAUCCUUUUCUCCAUUCACGAUCAACGCCCUGAUCUGGAAGCUCGUGUUCAGAAGUGGCCUUCCUCGUUGCUGAAUUCUCCUCGUGUCCAGGUCGCAUUAGACCUGUAUGCAGCGUCCUGCAACACUUGGGAUUACCAGGGUACUCUGGAUGCGCGCCGACCCAAUGCAAUUGCACAAGGAUUCUACACUAGGUUUUUCAACAUUAUCAACUCACGGAGCGUGUCUUACUUGAUGGCAUGUGUCGCUGAGAUCUACUUCAACCAUGUACGGCAAACCGCCAUCCGUGCGAUCUGGAAAGGAUACUGCCGUCAGCCAAUUUCACAGCAGUCCAAGAACGAAGAAUGGACUGUGGAUGAACUGACCCGGGUUCUACACUUUGACGAUGAGGAACAGACAAUCCAGUUCUGCAAUGAUCAGGGUCUGACGUUGAGCGAGAAUGCUAGCGGUCAGCUUUACCUUGACUGGGGCAGCCGUCCCGUUGACUCUAUCGCAUUUUCUCCAUCCUCAGAACACUCCUUUUCUGAGUCCUACGUUGAGUCAAAACGGUCAGGAAGAUCUCUAGUUGCUGUCAUUCUGGGGAUGAAUAUUCGAGAGGCCGCGAGGAUGGGCAUGGUUGACAAAUCCUACUUGCACCAACGGGUAGACAAGUCAGCAGAUAUUGCCGUCGAUGAUGAUUCUCUCUUCGUCACUGACCAGUACAACCGGACUCCUGCCCCUGUGGUGGAUAUGGACUCUCCCGAGCUGGAAAGUGAGGCAGAGUCCGUGUCCGGCAACGUCUUCCAGAAUCCUGCACCGUCUUCUGCCAACCCAUUUGCCAAUGCUCAGCCAGCUGCUCAGCAGCCUUCGAAUUCUCCAGCAAUGCCUCCCCCCGCAAACCCCUUCGCUUCGAUGUUUUCUACUGCCCCCGCCGCAAACAACCCUCCUGCAUCGUCAGCACCCUCCCCGAAUCCCUUCUCUUCAAUGUUCUCCAGUGGCGCCACUGCCAUUUCCACCCCUGCCCCAUCCGCUUCCACCCCGAACCCUUUCUCUUCGAUAUUCUCUGGUACCACUGCUGCUAGCAGUCCUCCUGCCUCGGCGAUGCUAGCAGCCAGCAAUCCAUUUUCCUUGCCGGCACAAACAACAUCGGCUCCCUUUGAACCGUCACCUUCGCCAUUCUCCUUCUCCAAGCUACCCGAGACAACCCAGAAAGAAGAGGCUACUCCGGCUACCACUGCUCCUGCGGCUUCAUCUGCUCAGUCCUCUUCAAUGUUCUCGGGUGGCAGUUUUCCAAACGUGACAUCAGAAAAGCCCAACCCCUUCGCCGCCUCUCUGGAUUCCAUUGCGUCGUCGAAACCGUCUGAGCUAAGUCAGAACAAUGGCUUCCAGUCCCCAUCUCCAAUUUUCCCGACCUCGAAACCCUUCUUCCCAUCUGCAGGUGCCAAAGACAGCUCCUCGGCAGCUACCAGCACUGCGGCUGUAGAGCCAGCCAUGAAAUCGAGCUCGCCGUUUAAUUUUGCAAGCCCGGCGCCACCUUCAUCAUCCUCGUCUUUGUUCAAGUUUCCGACUCCAGCAACCACAGACCCCAGCGAAAACAAGCCAUUCUUGUUCCCUGCAACCAAUGCGCCGGCUCAGCAGGCUUCCAGUUUGUUCAAGCCUGUUGAAGUGCCGGUUUCUGAAGGGCACUCGCAGUCGCUGUUCAUGCCUUCGAAGGGGCCCAGCCCUGACACUUCUUCCCAAAGCCAAAAUUCCCUGUUUAUUCCGAACACAUUUGCUCCCAGGAAGUCUACUCCUCUUCCUGCAUUUGGUGACACUCAGCCUCCGAAGCCUUUGUUCCCAGGUGCUACGGCGGGGUCACCAAUGGAAACGAAGGUUCAGGAACCACAGCCCAAGGAAACGGACACUACCAAUACACCCCCUGGAUCACCUAAGAUUGCCCCAGCCGAGAUCAAUGUCUCCAAUCAAGGGCCAGAGGCUCAAUCCAGAUCUCGACCAGCAGUGAUGGAGUCCGCUCAUCAGGUUGUGGAUGGGGAUGCGGUUGCCACAACACAGGAGCCUCCUCAGCCUACCAGCAGCUCCCAGAUCGACGAAUGGCAACCCCCUGUCUAUGCAUCAAUGGAAGAGCAAAAGGCUGAUUGGGAGAGGUUUCUUUUUCGAAACCACCCCGGUGGUGUCCCACCUCUACGUGAAGAAGCGGCAACGCGCAAGCGAGCGCUGGAAGAACCAGCUGCUAGUGAAUCUACCCAGGAGGAACCCGGCUCAAAGGUGGCCAAGGUAUCGGAGGCGACGAAAAUCUCCCCUCCCGCCAAGAAAUAUUCCCUUAUCGAGCAAUACAAUAAGGCAGUGCCAUCCUUGCCGUGUCUGGAACGCGCCAAGGAACUGUGCAAGCCUAAGCCACCGACCGAGGAAGAACUUCAAGCUGCGAAGCCAAACAAUCGCCAGGUUGAUGAAGAUGAGCUACUGCUGAAUGCAGCUCGGAUCGCAGCCGAGGAGCUGCGGACUGGGAGCAUCUUCGAUGGCUAUUCUCCAUACAGCGAGCCGUUUCGAUCCUCCUACAGUCCUCGCAACAGCCUUGGAUUUUCCAGCCCGUUUGCACAAAGUCUCUCGCCCCCGUCGCGUCCGAUGCACAACUAUGAGGUUGCCUAUGCUCCCGAUACCCCAGAUGGUUUGGGCAGGACAAUGUCUCGCACUGAGCAGCGGAUCCGAAUGACGGGUGCACAUGGACUGGCAUUCAAGCCUUUGGACUUUACUCGAAAGGGGAGGGAAGAGUUUGCUCGGAAAGAGAAGGAGAGGGAGGAGAAGGAGGAACUUGCCCGGAAAGAGAUGGAGGAGCAGCGCCUUGCUCGGAAGGACAAGAACAACUUCAGUCGAAGCGGGUAG